AUGGCCCAGGUGGUGCAGCGGGGAGAGACCGCUCUCCGAGAGGGAGGAGCCGUGACUCGAGCUGCGCACCAGACGCAGUACUUCAGUUUGGGAACGCCACCACAACAGCCUCCUACGCCAACUGUGCCUCAACAGUUGCCAGCCAACGCCACUGUGACGACAGGCGCUGCGGAGAGUUCGGGGAGCGCUACAGCUGCCAAGGCUGCGCCGAAGGCGCCGAGCAACCAGCCCACUACGAAGGGCGACGUUGGGAAGGGAACAGAGAAGGGCGUCAGAACGUUCCUUGAGGGAGCAUACUUUGCGAUGCCCAUGGUCGCACCUUCCUUCGUUGAGUCGGGAGAGAAGAUCUAUUGGCUUCUCGACUCUGGGAGCUCGUACCAUGUGGUUUCCCAGGCGACGCUUGAGAGUGGACACGUCAAGGUUUUGUCGAGAAAGAAGCGACCGAAGACUGUGUGCCAGACUGCCACUGGCGACCUGGUGGAAGUGGGAAGCGACACCCACGCGACGAUCGAGGUGAAUUUUCUCACCACUCGACACUUUGAGCAGCGAGGAGGAGUUCUGAGCACCUUUGCGUGCACCUGUCGUCUAGAAGCGGUAGUUAGCAGCGAAAUCAAACACAACCUGAUAAACCUCAACCUCCUCUGUUGGAGAGGCUGGAUGCCUACCCUUUACCGGGGUCUCUUAACAGCGGAAAGUAAUGAGGUGACGCUGCUUCCAGCAGUGUUCGGCGACUGCACAUGGCUUCAGAGUGUGAUGGCUGAUUCUUCCGCGAAGCUCACGCUUGCGAGUGUCUCGUCGUCUUGCGGUCUGUCGAGUGGUAGGUCUUUUGAGUUUUCCUCACCUGAGAAACAGCAUGAGCAUGAGUUUUCGCACGAUGAGCAUGAUUUUUCACAGCAUGGGCAUGAUUUUUCACGACAACAGCAUGAAACAACGCAUGUUGAACCGAGUGUUUUGCCACAUGCUUGCGAGGACUCUGUUGGGCAGUUGGUAGGUCAGUCGUCUUGCGACAGCUCAGGAGUGCAGUUGGUAGGUCAAUCGUCUUGCGGCAGCUCAGGAGUGCAGUUGGUAGGUCAAUCGUCUUGCGGCAGCUCAGGAGUGCAGUUGGUAGGUCAAUCGUCUUGCGGCAGCCCUGGAGUGCAGUUGGUAGGUCAGUUGCCUGCUAGAGUGGUAAAGCUUUUGCAAUCGAGUGCCGUGGAUCCAUCUUCUUCACCUUUGCGCUCGGGGACCACAUCUUCCGAUCGAGGCCAGUGGGUGCAGCCAGGUUUUAGUGACUCUUCAGUGCAGCCAGCCAGUGCGAAAAAGGGCUGGACAGGCCGGGCGGAAGCAAUGGAGAUAUCCUCCGACGAGGAGGUGGGAGGGCCACCUGCCCCAAAGGCGACGGGGGUGAGCCUCGCGGCCCUGAGCCACAACAACCGCAACUACUGCGAGUACUGCAUGGUCUGCGGGAAACACGCGACGGAGGCUCAUUUAAUGUCCGACAGCCACAAUCACCACAUGAAGUCGUGGAUCGCCAGGAACCGCCCUGGUUUGAGGCUUCUACCGGACAGGCUUUCCGAUCCCGAAAGGAUCGAUAUGAUGAUCCAGCUUCGUAUGCCGGACUUGGCCGAGCCCGAGAUCAAGAAGGCGAGGGAGCUAGUUCUCCAACUGGCUUGGUUCAGCAACCAACCGGCGAAGGCGGAUGCCUCAACUUUGCCGCCAGAGGACAACUCGGAAGCCACAGCCAAAUCCAGCAAUGCACUUCCGGGAAUCUGGGCGGAACCACCAGAGCCUCCGCGAGCAGUGGAACGCCGUGUGCUUCCAACACAGCCAGAGCCGCGACGGGUGAAGGCCAGGGGGCGGCCUUGGCCAGACACUCUGGGAGUCCAGCAGCGCUCGACUCAACAACUACAGGGAGCGCGGGCAUUAACUCCACUGAGCGAGGGAGUGGCAGCUCAGGCCGUUUUCACCUCACCUGUCAAGACACCACCAGGGUGGACGCCUCCGAAUUCGCCCACGGACUCGGAGAACUGGGGUGGCUGGAAGCCAGCUCAGGCUGGCCGCGGGGAUCUACAGCCAAAGACACCACCCAAGUCGGUGGAUCCGAAGGGGCUCGGGUCUAUGAUGCCCAAGACGCCGCCCAAGACGGCGCCAUUGGUGGCACCUGUGGAGGAGGACACCGAGAUGGCCGAGGACACAGGGAUGGAGCAAGAAGCGCCAUCGCCACCCAACGUGUCGCCCAGUGUGCCGCCUCCGGAUGAGGCUCGGGAUCUGUACGGAGGCAGAAGCAGACUCUUGGAGGAUUGCAGCGGAGAUGGCCACAGAGUCUCGGCGAGUGCGUCCGCGCACCGCAUUGCCGAUCCCACCUCCUGCUCCUACCGUGAGCCGGCCUACUUCAAGCCCAACGGGGAGCGUUCUGGGGCCACCACUGGCACCACCGCCGGCACCUCCAUCGGGAACGUGGGUUAUCAACCCGCCGCCACUUCCGCCAAGGAGAUCUUUUCGCAGCCUGACUCCGUAAUCGUCUCACAGCUUUCGAAGCCCGAAGAGGACCCCCUCAACCAGAAGAAUCACAACAAGGAGCCCAAUACGCAACCAGAGGGUCCGGCCGGUUUGGGUUUAGCAGCAGGGCAGGGAGAGCUGAUCAUGUCACAAGAUCCGGAGACACGCCGUGAGCUGCACAAGUGCUUUAUUAUUCUAGUGCAUGUGCUUGCUUUUGCGAUUGGAGUGACGUUCCGACCAGAAGGGAUGAGUGGACGCGAAUCAGCCGGGCAUCUCGAGCCGUGGCUAGCUCAUUUUGGGCUAGGCCAGAGCGCUGCUCCUAAGCCCUCCUUCUACUCAGAUCCGGAACCGCUGACCAUCAGCAUUGCACAGGCCCUAGCGGAACGGUAUGAGGGACACAGUGAAAGUUUUGCUCCGGAGCGCCACGCUCCUGUUGCUGAACGAGCAGUGCGAACCUUGAAAGGAAUUGUGUCUUCUCACGAAUUACAACUUCGUGAAAAUGGUGUUGUCCUCGGGGAUGAUCCGGGUACUUUAGAGUUUCUUUUCAGAUACGCGGCACAUGUGCACAAUCGCUUUGCAGUGUCGGUCGGGAGCACCAUGUCUCCAUUGCAGAAGCUGCGGGGCCACGACCACAAGCCCCAGUUGACCUAUCCCUUCGGGGCUGUCGUUUUCGCAAAGGUCAGCCGUUCUAGCAAAGAGGAGAUUGAUUCCAAGUAUGCCCGUGGGGUGUACCUGGGUCCUGUGCUUGGUUCUACCGGGCACCAGGUGCGUAUCCGGCUGGAUUCUGGAGAAACCAAGUUAAUUGUUGCGCCGGGUCUGAAGUUGCUCUACCCUCUUCGAUAUGAUGCUUCGUUGCUUGACGGUGCCAGGCCUCUGGAAGGCUUUGUGCCACCUUUGGAUGAGGAGCGCUUUCGGGAGCUCCACCUUCCCUACGUGCCGGGAGGGGGACCCUCCAAAGAAUGGUUCUGCGAGCACGGUGGCACCCCUAAGUGCCCCGGAUGCUCCGAAGAGGCCACGUCCUCUCGCCAUUCAAUAAAGUGCGUCCGGCGCUACCAGCGGUGGCUCCGAGAUGCUGUGGACAACGCUCUUGAAGAGCUUGGUCGGGACCCUCCGCCCGCUCAAGGCCCACCGGCCAAGCGGGUUCGAUUCGGUGAUUCGGAAGUUCGUGAGUUUCCGGCGCCCUCGGCGCCCUCAGAGCAAGAAGUAGAAGUACCACAGAUCAGUGCGGAGGCCAAUGACCAUCUUAGUGACUACGAGCCCUCGUUGCCCUCCGAGGACGAGGGAGAAGAUGAUCUGAUGGGUGUCGCCGAGGCACCGAAGGAUGAUCGAAAUGUGGGCUUGCGGCUGCGUCCGCUACGUUCCCACUCCCUUGACAGCGUGUGA